AUGUGCUCCCUAAUAACCCCGGGGCCAGAUGCCAGCGGAUUUGCCACGGGACGGGAGGCCCCACGUGGCUCUGCGGGCUCGGCCGUAAAUAGGCAGCCGCAAUCUGUGGCAUCCGCAGCAGGAUUCCGCACCGGGGACGAGCCGCUACUCCAGCCCCCGUUCACCCUGCGCUGGUCCCCCGAGGCCGAGGACGACGUCUGCGAGCUCGCCGUGGGCCAGCACGGCGGCCUGCAGCUCUGCGGCUUCAACGCCACCGCCAAGACCUUCUUCAUCAUCCACGGCUGGACGGGGAGUUCGGAGGAGCCGCUGAGCUGCGCUAUGAGCGGCAUGUUUGAAACGUGGCUGGGCAGCCUGGUCUCGGCCCUCCGCGAGCGGGAGAAGGAUGCCAACGUGGUGGUGGUGGACUGGCUGCCCCUUGCCCACCAGCUCUACACGGAUGCUGUGAACAACACGCAGGUGGUGGGGAAAAGCAUAGCCCAACUGCUGAACUGGUUGCAGGAGAACCCACUCUUCCAACUUCAAAAUGUUCAUUUGAUUGGAUACAGCCUUGGGGCCCAUGUUGCUGGCUUUGCUGGCAAUCAUGUCCAGGGGACAAUAGGCAGAAUUACAGGCUUGGAUCCAGCUGGCCCCAUGUUUGAAGGGGUGGACCCCAGCAAGCGCCUGUCCCCUGAUGAUGCUAGCUUCGUGGACGUCCUGCACACCUACACUCGGGAAACACUGGGCGUCAGCAUUGGGAUCCAGAUGCCUGUGGGUCAUGUUGACAUCUACCCCAAUGGGGGAGACUUCCAGCCUGGCUGCGGACUGAGCGACGUCUUAGGAGCAAUUGCCUAUGGGACUAUUGGAGAAGUUGUUAAAUGUGAGCACGAGCGGUCUGUGCACCUCUUUGUGGACUCCCUUGUGAACCAAGAUAAGCAAAGCUUUGCAUUCCAAUGUACUGAUUCCGGUCGCUUCAAGAAGGGAAUUUGCCUGAGCUGCCGGAAGAACCGCUGCAGUGGCAUUGGCUACAAUGCCAGGAAAACCAAGAACAAAAGAAACAGCAAGAUGUACUUAAAGACAAGAGCUGACAUGCCGUUCAAAGUCUACCAUUAUCAGAUGAAAAUGCAUGUCUUCAGCUACAAAACCUUGGGAGCAGCUGAUCCCACCUUCUCAGUCACCCUUCAUGGCACUAAUGGAGACUCUGAACCCCUCUCUUUAGAAAUGCUUGAGCAAAUUGGCCUUAAUGCCACCAACACCUUCCUGGUCUACACUGAAGAGGACAUGGGUGAGCUCCUAAAAAUAAAGCUCACCUGGGAGGGAACUUCUCAGUCUUGGUACGAUCUGUGGAAAGAGCUCAAGAGUUACUGGUAUCGGCCUGCAAAGUCAACCCAGGAACUGCACAUCAGACGUAUACGGGUGAAGUCUGGGGAAACGCAGCAGAGGUUUGCUUUCUGUGUGGAGGAUUCCCAGCUGACCAGAAUAUCUCCUGGUAAAGAACUCUGGUUUGUGAAAUGUGCAAAUGACUGGCAAAAAAGGCCUUCCUCAAACUUGCUCUGAGGACUUCCCUGAAAUCUUACAAUUGAAUAGCCUAGAUGCAUGAAGACCACACAUGUGGGGUGAUACUCUGGCAAAAACUCGUCUUGGUAGCACUUAAAACAGCUAGCUCUUCAGGACCAAACACCUUGGAACGGAUACA